CUGGUUCCUGUUGAUUCUCGUGCUAGACCCUCGCAAUGCACAUUGGCGUCGACCCGUAAGAAAGCUGGACGUCAUCAUCUCGCUCGUCAUGUCUUCACACUCCAUGGCCAUCUUGCCGGUGCAACCAACAUCGACAUUGCGAGCGGGUUAUUGUGUCAACAGCAUGAUGUCCCUGUGGUCGUUCGUCGCAAGCGCUAUGUACAUACAUGCCCGGCAUCACCCAUGUGAAUAAAGUGGUCGUCGACGAUGGAAGGGUCGUCCGCUGAUGCAAUCCUUCUUCUCUUCUUGUCCGCGCUCGCUUCCGUACGUCCACGCGCCAUUUCUCCUGGGCGGAUGGAUCCUCUCAGCGCUCGGGUCCUGUAAGUUACAUCGGCCAUGGCAACGGCAUCACGGUGCGGGGUUCCUCGUCGAUCCCGAUCUACUUGGGGUGCUCUGCGCGCAUGCCCCUCCCCCUGCAUCGCCUCUGGCUCUAAGGUCCUGCAUCUGGAUCUGGGUUCGGUGGUCUCAGGGACUCAGGGAUACCCAGAUCGGGUCGCAGGGAUGAUAGCAGAUUCAACGCGCUAGAUAUCGCCGAACUUGGCGAUGGGCCGUAUCGACCAUGUUACGCGCGCACCAUCUCGACGCGGCAUGUGACGCAUCGAUGGUUCCAUUUUUCUGCAGCCCGAUCGAGCAGCGACACACUCAGCUGAGUGUGCGCAACGUGGCUUCUCGGAUAAUCUGAACCUGGGCUGUCCUGGCUUCUGCUCGUCAGGGUCACCGGACGCUGUUCGUCUCGCCACCACAACACAACAACAACAUCGACGCUCCACGCCACGUGGGCUCGCGUGGGCCCGUUCCGGUCGAUCUCCC